UUCUUCUCGGUUACCUCACCACACUCUCGUCCUCUUCCUGCUCCCCCCCUCGCCGUCCACAUGGCGGUGCGGAAGCGGCCGCGCCACUCUAUGCCCCGGACCACCAGCAUGGCCGAGUUCAGCCCCUCCCACGCCGCCGCCGCCGCCGCACAGCUCCACCCCUCCGAUCGUCGCGCCCAGCAGCAACCCAAUCACCGCGGGGAAGCGGCGGCGGAGGAAGGGCAGAGGAGGAACACCGGUGCGCCCUUGGCGGCGGAUACGGCGCCAUUCUUAAUGGUAUGCGGCCUUUGCAGACGCCGCCUCGGCCCCGGCCGAGACACGUUCAUGUACAGGGGUGAUAUCGCAUUCUGCAGCCUAGAGUGCCGGCAACAGCAUAUAAAUCAGGUUGAGAAGAGAGACAAAUGCUUGGUAACAUACACGAAGGACACACCCCAGCCUCCUAGUGGUUCUGGAGAUUCAGACAACUGUGGAACUGCUGCUGCUGCUUAAAUUUCGAGCAACUAUUAUGGUUAUACACUGUAAGUUGUAAGCCAAAGAAAGUAGUUGUAGUUGUAGUUGUAGUCGUGUUAUUCUACGGUUUCCCAGCAUCAACUAGGUGUUUUUAACAACAAAACAACCAUUAUGAUGCAUUACUACUAAGAUUGUGUUUUGGAAGGAGAACAUAACCUAUCAAUAUGAUGCUAAAGUAACUGUGUCUACCA